AUGCUGGAUACAAACGUUCAAACCGCUUCGAGUAAACAUGGUAAAAAAGUAGAGUCUGCCAGGACUCCUGCACAGGAGAAAGCAGCGGGCACCGAACCUCCUGCUCUUCGACCUGCUGAUGCAGAUCCUUCCACGAAGCAAAAACCUAUCCUGGGCCCUGGAUUACAAAUUGCAGGGCAGCGGUGGAGGCUUCCCACACAGUAGUCUCGUCUAGCUUUGGCACCCUUACUCCAUUCACUAUGAGCAGAAUCUGCUUCUCCGCCACUCAGGUCCCUACCGUGCAGAAGCUUCCUUUGUCCUUUCCGACCGGUACUGUCUUAGCGCCGAGCCAGCCCUUAGUUUACAUCCCUCCAGCCAACUGUGGACAACCCCUCAGUGUAGCUACCUUACCGACCACGUUUGGCGUUACUCCGACUCUAACCCUUCCCAUGUUGCCCGCCUGUUUGCAGGACAGAUGCCUACUUCAGACUCCUUCAGACAUGCACACCCAUGCUUUUGCUUCUCCUCUGGGAAGACCCUUAACCACUGAUCCUAAAGUGGCUUCUACCGAAUCAAAUAAACCAACCAGCACAGUCCCUUCCAUUACCCUCACCAACAGCAAUAGCGUCAUCCCGUCUACGGCCGAUGGCUCCAUAGCCUCCACCGACACAACGUCCUCCACACUGUCCUCCGCACUAACAGCUUUACAGACUCUGUCCGCACAUCCCACUCUUCCCAUGGUCAACGUAAGCCCCAUCGCCCUCACCACGUAUUCAAGAACGCCUUCUAGCCUAGAACCUCAAAGUGAUUCCUCUUCUUCAUCCGUGUCCCCUUUAAAGUCCCCACCGCAGCUGGAGCGAGAAAUGGUGUCUCCUCCAGAUGUUUACGAAAUGCCUUUGGACUUGUCCUCUAAAUCCCACCGUCAUAAACACGCCCCAUCAAACCAACGUAAGACUCCUCCCAUGCCAGUGUUAACGCCGGUGCACACCAGUGGGAAAGCCUCUCUGUCCACCGUCUUGUCCAGGUCCGACUGUAACUCCCAGCGGCUCACGUCAAACACCAGCAGCAGUGUUAACCAGACUUUACGGGGGGCGCCACUGGUAAUGUUCCCAGAGUUCUUGAGAAAUGGAGAUCCGGGGUCACCACAGCUAGCGCCUGGGUCUUGGAUCAAAAAUUCUGCUGCUCUUAUUAGUACCAUUCCAGGUACUUACGUAGGGGUGGCCAACCCAGUGCCUGCCUCUGUGUUGUUGAACAAAGACUCGAACUUGAGCCUUAACACGGACUCCCGCCAUCUGGCAAAGCAGGAACCUAUCUCAAUCAUUGACCAGGGAGAGCCAAAGAACUCAGGGUCGUGCGGCAAGAAAAACAGCCAGGCCAAUGUCGAUGGCCAGCAAUCCACUGAAAAAAGAAAUCUUCUCGGACGCGUCGCUACGGUGAACUCUUUAUGUCCGUCAAAGGAUUGGACCUUAGCUGGACAUGGGACAGUACACCCAAAGUGUCCCUUAAACGGGAAGCCUAGCAAUUCUCAGGUUCUGCCAGUUAAUUGGUCUCAAUACCAUCAGACGUCGCUGCUUUCCAUCGGCUUACAGGCCACAAGCACACUCCAUUCAAACCAAGGUCCUCCUCACAGACUUCCGGUUGCAGAAUACACUUUAUUCCCCAACAUUCUUCCAGCUGAGUCCAAUGCAACACCUCAAAGUACAGGUGACUCUACACUUAAUGCCCAACUGAAAAACUCUACGGGAGCUGCUCCAGAGCAGGACACGUUGGCCAAGGCAAGGACGUGCGAGACUCUUUCAAAGCAGCAUAAAUCCCAUACCAACAAAACACUGCUUGCACCAAAACCUUCUGCAGGAAAUAACGUUUUGUGCCCUCAGCCAGGUGUGGCGGACAGAGCAGAUUGUAGUGCAAAUUCUCUACUACAGGGGGUGGAAGAAAGCACCCUUUUAAAUAAACUUUCCGAAAAAACGAACUGCAAAGACAAAAUUCGCCCAAAGCUGAGUUGCAGUCGAAAGAUCUUCGGCGACGUCAAGCCGAAAAAAAAAAACAAGGUCUUGGCCUCGUACAUGACGAACGACCAGCUAACCACGGUUCAACCAAAAGACAGUAGCCACGGCUUUUCUCUGCUGGGUCUGGACUGCACUAAAACGGACUUAAAGGCCGAUCUGCCGCAGGAUCAGCCCGCUCAGAGGAAACGGAGCCACAAAAAAGCACACACGCCGGAGGCAACUCACUGCGUUCAGGAGGUGGACUUGAGCAAGGUCAAAAUCGAGAGGAUAGACGAUGACGAGGAAAGCUUUGGCCGUUUGCCGACCUUUAACGAUUCGUCAUGGUCGCCCAUGGAAAUGCCACCAAUUACCAAAGUCAAGGCCAGGGUGAAGAAGGAGCCGGGGUUGAGGGGACGUAUAAAGCAGGUGGAGGAGUUAACGCCGACCAAGACCACGCAGCCCAAGUCGAAAUGUAAAUCGAAGCAAAAAGACACAGAUCACACCAUGGAGGAACCUCCUAAAAGGAAGUGGAAGAGACGGUCGGCCUCCGCAGGCCCCGAGAAGAAGGAACCCAAGGCGGCAAAGCCCAAGAAAGAGCCGGCUGUCGGCCGGACCAAGAGACGGAGGAGGAAGGUGAUAAAGAGCGAGCCUCUGGAUCCGGAGUACGAUCUGGCUACGCCAGAGAGAAAACCCAAAAACAAUUUUCGAGACUUCAUCCCAGUCGUCUUAAAAAGCAGAACACGCAGCCAGACAGCAGGUAACUUUGGGUUCUCUGAUAUUGUGACGUCAUCCACAGAGCCUUUCCCAACCGAGGAGGAGGAAGAUGAAGAGGAAGAGCAGACGGGUUCCCCGUGCAAAAGACGGAAAACAAGGCGACCGUAUAAAGGGUGUCGGACUCGCAGGUUCGCCUCCAUUAAGGAGGAGCCCGAACCGGAACUGAUCACCCCGCUGCUGCAGGAUUCCUGGGAGAUGUCCAGCAGAGGUCUCAACGCUGGGAAAUCUGCGACCAUCUCUGAACCGGAAGACGAAAGGGGCGACGACGGCACGUUAAGGCGGAGGAAGAGGAGGAGGCAGAAAAACCGAAAAUACCAGAACGGGGAAUAUCUGACGGAGAAGGAGGAAGAGGAGGUGUCUCAGUGUUUCCGGAGGAGACGGUCCCGGACAGGACCGUAUAAAAGGAAGUUCUCACCAGACAGGUCCUGUGAGUCCUUCAAAACCAAGAACUCCCCAUCUUCCCGGGACAACCGGAGGCAAGGCUUCCCAAAAGGCAGCCCGGAGGACUUCGCCUUGACGCAGACAAUAGAAAAACCCUCCGGGAAACGCAAGUGCAAAACGAAACACCUGGGAGGAGGCACAGAGGAUAAGAAGGGGAAGGGACGUCGGAGCUUGCAGUCCCCCAAGUUUUCACCUAUGAAGUCUCCACAGAAGGGCAGCGAACCCGGGACCCCGCACAGAUCUCGGCGCAGCGGUGCUCUGGGCUCCUAUGACACUCUCAGCGGUCAGCCCAUACCGCCAGAAGCCAGGAAACUGAUUGUGAAUAAAAACGCAGGAGAAACUCUGCUACAGAGGGCGGCCCGACUCGGGUAUAAGGAUGUGGUGCUGUACUGUCUGCAGCGAGAUCCAGGAGACAUCAACCACCGGGAUAACGCCGGAUACACCGCUCUCCACGAAGCCUGCGCACGCGGCUGGACCGACAUCUUACAGGUCCUUCUGGAUAACGGGGCCAACGUGAACUGCAGCGCUCAGGAUGGGACCCGGCCCAUACAUGACGCCGUGGUCAACGACAACAUAGAGACGGUGUGGCUGCUUCUCUCCUACGGUGCCGAUCCCACGCUGGCCACCUACUCCGGACAGACUCCCAUGAAGCUGGCCAGCAGUGAGGCCAUGAGGACCUUCCUGGGCGAUUACCUCUCCGACCUGCGAGGACGCACCGACGGCGACCCCCGGGCAUCAUGGGACUUCUAUAGUAGCUCCAUACUGGAUGCGAAGGAUGAAGUUUUCCACGACGUUCUCCUAGAUCCAUCCGAGACAUCCAAGAAGGAGGAAGGGGAGAAGGACGAGGAAGACAACUUCCUGUUUGAGUUCUCGGACGCCCCGCUCAUCCCCUGCUACAACCUACAGGUCUCCCUGACUGCCGGACCGGGCAACUGGUUCCUCAUCUCCGACGUCCUGAAGAAGCUGAAGCUGUCCUCCCGGAUAUUCCAAGCUCGCUACCCGCACUUUGAAAUCGCCAGCAUGCAGAAGAAGGAGUUCACCCGCCAGGCGUUCACCAGUCAAAUCCUCACGCCCUCGGAGGGGGUGGACCUCUGGCCUCAGGACAGUGGGGAAACCGUAGAGUUAAUCAGGUAUGAAGCGGAACUAAUUCGACUCUUGGGCUCUGCGGUGGAAUUCCAGUGUGCCAGCAGCUGA